UAUAAGAGCGCCUCAGGUGAGCCGGCGGACAGUACCGAGAGGGUCCUCAGCACCUCCGAACAUGAGUCCCGGGGAGCGGCUCUGCGUCCUGCUCUGGCUGGCGUCUCUGAGCUCGGCGGCUGCAGAUGACCAAGUGAGACAAGUCCAGUGGAUUACGCCCAAUGUGGGAUCCACAAAUGGAGCAACUAAAGUCACCAUAUUUGGACAAGGAUUCGCCCAGGCCAACCAGUUUAACUACGGCACAGGAAACGAGAACCUUGGGAACAGCGUCCUAAUGGUAUCAAACACAAGGACCAUCCCCUGUGAUGUGGAAAAAGAAUCGAGUUACUCGACGCAGAUCACAUGUUACACCAGGUAA